CAUGGAUAAACUCGUUUGGGCUUUUGUUCUUACCCACUCUCCAGAUUCAAUCUUGCUCGAUUACUCAGCUUCGAGGAUUUCAUUUCUGUUUAUUUCACUGUAGUUUCCAAACAUUAGUUAGAUACCCUAACAAAUUUACGUUAGUUGGCCGGAUAGCGAGCUCGCUUUCUGAAUAGCACACUAUAUAUUUCUCGUUUUCCAGCUAGCGUUAGGUGGUACACCCCACUUCUAGUUGUAUCGGUGGUAGCUGCUUGUAUUUUUCUUCUUUUCGUCUCAUUGCUUCUUUUCUGACAAGGUGUUAACUGACCAAGAUAGGCGGAUUUGGCACUAAGAUGUCGAACCGAGUGGUGUGCAGAGAAGCAAGUCACGCCGGCAGCUGGUACACCGCCUCAGGAUCCCAGCUGAAUGCACAAUUAGAAGGCUGGCUGUCUCAAGUGCAAUCUGCAAUAAAGCCUGCCAGAGCCAUUAUUGCACCACAUGCUGGGUAUACCUAUUGUGGGUCUUGUGCUGCAUACGCUUACAAACAGGUGGAUCCUACUGUCACUCGGAGAGUGUUCAUCCUCGGCCCCUCGCACCACGUCCCCCUGUCCCGCUGCGCUCUCUCCACAGCGGAGAUCUACAGAACGCCACUGUACGACCUGAGGAUUGACCAGAAGGUUUACGCCGACCUGUGGAAAACCGGGAUGUUUGAGCGGAUGAGCCUGCAAACGGACGAGGAUGAGCACAGCAUCGAGAUGCACCUGCCAUACACUGCAAAAGCCAUGGAGAGCCAUAAAGACGACUUCGCCAUAGUCCCCGUGUUAGUGGGCGCUUUGAGCGAAUCAAAAGAGCAGGAAUAUGGGAAGCUCCUCAGUAAAUACCUGGCUGACCCCUCUAACCUCUUUGUGAUUUCAUCAGAUUUCUGUCAUUGGGGGCAACGGUUCCGCUACACAUACUACGAUGAAUCCCAAGGGGAGAUCUACAGAUCCAUCGAGCACCUCGAUAAAAUGGGCAUGGGCAUUAUAGAACAGUUAGACCCUAUAUCCUUUAGCAACUAUUUGAAGAAAUACCACAACACGAUCUGUGGACGUCACCCCAUCGGAGUGCUGUUAAACGCUGUGGCUGAGCUGAAGAAGGUGGGCCUGGACAUGAACUUCUCUUUCCUGAACUAUGCGCAGUCGAGCCAGUGCAGGAACUGGCAGGACAGCUCUGUGAGCUAUGCGGCUGGUGCGCUGGUCGUCCACUAAAAGCCCCCUCAUCCUCCCUGCUCGCCUCAGGAAGCCACGGCGGCUGUGGAUCCCCCCCCCCCACCCAUCCCCUAGCCACGAGAGGCUCGCCGUGCCUGUGGGGCCUCCCCUUCCCCCGCCACCUCUUCCCCUCCUCCUUCAGGAUUGUUUCUGUCUGAAGAGCCUGGGUAUCUCAAAACGCACAGCUCCAAUAGCAAACACGUCAGAGAACUGUUCACUCUCAUGUGUCUCCACCCCACGCCCCCAAUAACC